GUGACUCGGUUCCUAAUGAGCUGUGGAGAGUGUCAGAAGAGGAUGCACAUCAACCCCAGCACGGCAGAGUUCAAAGAAAAUGACAGACCAACCUCACUGGUCCCGGACCUCAUUGAUUACAACAUGCCUCUUACUGCCACCUACCUGAAACAAAUGAAACUGCAGUGCAUGACUGCCACUGAGAGGGAUGACAGUUCGGUGAGCAGCGAGGACAUGAACAGUGCUGAGCCUACAUGGAUCGCAGCUGAGCAGCCCCCAGUGCCUGAGCCCAGUCCACCUAACGGAGAGAGAGUCAGCAACCAAACAGCCACCGUUAAAGAAGAGGACGAUGACGACUCCUCAGAGAGCGGGCUGCCGGCCCUGACCUCCCCGGAGGUGCUGGCUGUGGGCGGGAACCCCCCAGAUGGUGGGGCCCCUUACGGGGAGAUGGCAGAGAAUGGGUUGAGCGCUCCACUGGACUUCAGUACCACCUCACCCUCAUCCUCUUCAGAGGAUCAGCAGCCGGUCAAUCUGAGCGACAGACUGCUGCCUGCAGGGAGCUCGCCACCAAACUCUUACCCCGCAGACCCCAACAGAAAGUACCCCAUCAAAACCGAGUAUGCCAACAAGUCCCCUCCUUACAGCUCAGGAAGCUAUGACUCUGUGAAAACUGAACUGAGCAUGAGUGCAGAGGAUCUGACCUCUGGUCGGGCACAGAUAAUUGACGACGACGACGAUGAUCACGAUGACCACGAUGACAGUGACAAGAUCAAUGACGCCGAGGGUAUGGAUCCUGAGAGACUCAAAGCCUUCAAUAUGUUUGUGCGUCUGUUCGUGGAUGAGAAUUUGGACCGCAUGGUGCCCAUCUCCAAACAACCCAAGGAGAAGAUCCAGGCCAUUAUUGAGUCCUGUAGCCGCCAGUUCCCAGAGUUCCAGGAGCGCUCCCGCAAGCGCAUCCGUACCUACCUCAAAUCCUGUCGCCGCAUGAAAAAAGGCGGUUUUGAGAUACGACCAACACCUCCUCACCUCACCUCUGCCAUGGCUGAGAACAUCCUCGCUGCUGCCUGUGACAGUGAAACUCGAAAUGCUGCCAAGAGGAUGCGACUCGAUGUGUACACGGUAAAUGAUGAGCCCGCUUCCGUUGACAAGCCCAACUCGAGGGACCCGGCCUCUGUGACCCCGUCAGGGUUCUCCAUCUCCAGCGCAGCUUUUGCCCAAGACCAGCUCUACACCAAUGGAGGCCUCAACUACAACCUGCGGGGAUAUGGUACAGUCGGCAGCAACCAGCAGAACUCUGGUGCUGCACAAACCAACGGUCCCACAGAUUUGAGUAUGAAGGCAGUCGGCCCAAACUCCUCCACCUCCAGCUCCAACAGCCACGGUCAGGGAGGCGGCGGUGGCGGAGCCUCGGCUCAGCUCAGCCCUCCGGAAGUCACAGCAGUGAGGCAGCUUAUCGCAGGAUACCGGGAGUCUGCCGCCUUCCUGCUCCGCUCAGCAGACGAGCUGGAAAACCUGAUCCUGCAGCAGAACUGA